AUGAAUCGGUGGCGGCGGUCGGUGGGGGAGAUCCAGGCCAGACGGCGGCAGGUGGGUGAAUGCGAGCGUGCGCAGGCAGCCCUCAGCAAAGUGACUGCCUGCUUCCAGCAAAUGGCCACCUGUUUAGGGAGUAACACGGACGGCAGCACCCUGAGAGAGGAGCUGGAGGAGACCAGGACCCUGGCUCACAGGAUCUGCACAGGGCUACACAAGAGGCUGCUGGCUCUGUUAGUGGAGACAGAACAGUGUCAGGAGGAUCGCGAACAGGUGGAGAGGCUGUGGGUUCUCUUUCUGUCCAGCAUGGAGAGCUUUCAGCAGGAUCUAAAAAAGGUGCAUGCCUUACAAGAGCUAUUUCCACUGACCAUACGCAAAGACAGGCGGGCAUUGGUAAACACCGGUGUGACAGCAGGUGGCUCCGAGGUAGCAGCGCGGGCAGCCACGGUACAGACACCGUGGCUAACAGUUGAGGAGGAGCAAUGCCCCGCCCUGAAAACACACAUGGAGCAGAUUGACGCUCUGUUGCAGGAGAUGCUGCAAAGAGUAAAUGUGCCUCUUUGGUCGGUGGAGCCCACACACGAAGCCUGGGGAGAUGGUAACGAGGAAGCACUGGAGGAUGAUGAGACGUUAGAGGAAAUGAUGGAGGUGGAAGUGGUGUCCCAGGACAACGGGACAUCUGGAUGCUGUCAUCACCCAAACUGUCGCUUAGGCUGCAUCCUCUGUCUACUCAACUGA